AUGCUGGGCACCGCGCUCCUGCUGCUGGCCCUGCUCCCGGGGCCCACCGCCUUGCCCAGCGAGCCAGCUGAGCCCCCGUUCCCUGCGGCGCCCGCGCCCUGGCUGCGCCGACCCCUUUUCAGUCUGGAGCUGUCGGAUGCGGAGGACGGCUUCCCGCGCCGUGCGGGGCCGCUCGAGGUCCCAGCGGACAGCCGCGUGUUUGUGCAGGCGUCCCUGGCCCGUCCCUCCCCGCGCUGGGGCUUGGCCCUGCACCGCUGCUCCGUAACCCCGUCCUCUCGUCCAGCCCCGGGCCCCGCCCUGGCACUGCUGCGCGGGGGCUGCUCCGCCGACUCCUCGGUCACCUUCCCACCACCGCAGCCGCUCCUCGGUGCCGCCCGUCCCGCGCGUUUCAGCUUCCGCCUGCGCCCGGUCUUCAACGCCUCUGUGCAGUUCCUGCACUGCCAACUGAGUCGCUGCCGCCGCCUCCACAGAGCCCGCUGGACGCCUGCGCCUUUGACAAUGCCUACACUGUCCCCGUGUCUGCCUCAGGAUGAGGCGUGCGCGGGCGCCAGCAGUGGCAGCGAUGAGAGCCCGGGUGCUGACAGCCCCCACCUGCACACACUGACGCAGCCCAUCGUAGUGACUGUGCCACGGCUGCCCCCCAGGCUACCCAAGGGCUUCCCGGGCAGAGCUGUGCGCCCCGAGUCUUCCACGCCGGCCCCGCAGGCCCUGGAGCCCGCGCCGGUGGUAGCGCUAGUGUUGGCCGCUUUCGUGCUGGGCGCCGCUGUGGCCGCCGGGCUCAGCCUUGUGUGCGCGCACUCAGCGCCCCAACUCCCCGGUCAGCCCCCGAGAGCCUCGCCCAGCGGCCCCCCGCCCAGGAGGCCCCAGUGA